AUGGCCGGAGUUGACAGUGACCCGAAAGCUCACCAAUAUGAGCCUGCUCGGAUUUCCGAAGUAGACUCCGAGCCACAACCUCCGGCCACGACUGAAUAUAAGCGCCAUCCAGUGUACUCCCCCAGAGAAUGGCUCUUGGAAUCGAUAAGCUCGAUCCUGGCCCUGGGGCUCCUCAUUGGCAUCGCCAUUAUCUUCUGGUAUAUGAACAACAAGCCUCUCUCUGCCUGGCGCGGCGGCAUCUCUCUCAACGCGACAGUUUCUAUCCUGACAACUGCAUGCACCACGGCGUUGAUGCACGGAGUUAGCACAUUCAUCGGACAAUCUAAAUGGCUUCAUUUUAAGAACGGGCCUCGUAAGCUUGCUGACUUUGAAACAUUUGACGGAGCGAGUCGCGGUGUUUGGGGGUCCAUUCUGCUACUUACCACAGUCAAGUGGAAUAUAGCCACCAUCGGCGCAUUUAUCACCAUCUUGCGUCUUUCUUUCUCGCCAUUUGCACAACAGGUGGUUCUGAUCGACCAGCGAGACGUCAUCUCUUCUACAGAAACCGCCACCUUCGGAUAUGCGCACGAUUACACCCUGAGUGCACAGAAUAAUCUUUUCAACUCUGUUAUCCAGAGCAUCCCGCAGGAUCCCGAUAUGCAGUCCGCCAUCUUCCAGGGCUUAUAUGGCGUCAACCGCACAGAACCUUUCAUCUGUCCCGGGAGAUGCCGAUGGACCGAAUCAUACAUAUCACUUGGGUUUAAGGCCCAAUGCAGGAACGUCACCGAGGAAACAUUGCAAGCGGCAACCUGCUCGGGUGGUGAAUAUGGGCUACAGCGGUGCAACAUGACAACACCCGGUGGGGUUAACGUUGCAACUCGCUAUUGGGCUACCGAUUUGGCGACAGCAUACUACAUGAAUGCAUCCUCACUCCUAAUUAUCAAUCCAUCAAAACCUGGAUUGCCAGAAACCUUUCCCGAAAUCUCCCGAUUUGCAAUCUAUAGAUCCACCCCAGACGGCAAUUUCAUAAUGCGCGACAUCAACAUCACAGACUGCUCGCUCUUUCUCACCGCCUACGAGUACACAGGUGCUCAGGCCAACGGCAGUGAUUUCUCCUUUGCCUCGAGGCGGGAGGUCGAUUUCGGCAUGAAGAAUCCCUGGGGGAUCACGUCCAAUAUAAGUAAAGGCCUCUUCCAGCACGUGUACACCAACGAGUCAACGAGUGGCGAUAUCCAUAUUCCUGCGCUUAGAAUAAGUUAUGCCAGUCUUUCCGCGCUGGUGAAUUUCUUCCAGUCCACGACAAUGGCCACCGAGUGGGUAGAAGGAAACUUUGCUAAUACGAACCUCGGUGUUGCCGCUACUCUAUCCGGGGACGUGGACCUUGGCGACCGCUUCAACAAAAUGGCGACCGCAAUGACGGACUAUCUGCGGUAUGGCCCAAAUACCCAACCUGCAAAUGGAGAGACGCUUCAGAGGGAGCCAUUUGUUUUCAUCCGCUGGGGGUACUUUGUUGUUCCGAUUGUGACUGAGGGGUUCGCAAUUUUGUUCGCCAUCUUAAGUAUUUUCAGCAAUCGCCAGAGCCGCCGUGUCCCUCUGUGGAAGUCUUCGACCCUUGCUGUGCUGGCUUGCCAGCAUGAGGAGCGGCUUGGGCUCCUGCAUACUAAGGGCAAGGACAUUAAUGAGAUUCAGGACGACGCUAAGAAGGCGGAGGUAGUGCUGCAAUAG